GAGACUCGAACCCAUCUCUGCCUUAACGCCUCCCCGAGCUCUCUUUGCUCCUCCUCCCGACCUGCCCAUCCCAUUUGGAGAUGAGAGGGUGGGGGUUCAGAACUCUGGCCUGGGGUCGGGGCACGCGAACGCAUCUUGGCUGAGUAGUAGCUUUGACGUUUGACGAAUGUCUGGUCUUAGUAUCUCCCCGCAGUGUGUGUGGCGGGGGGUGGGAGGGUGAAGUAUACUUUAAUGUACUACAGGUUGUAUACUACGGAUGGGAACUAUUAAAGUUUAUAAUGUCAAAAACUUUUCUUAGACCAAAGGUAUCUUCCACAAAGGUAACAGAUUGGGUAGACCCAUCAUUUGAUGAUUUUUCAGAGAAUACAGGCAUCUCUAUUACUGCCACGUCGUUACAUGUGAAUAACGCAAGUCACAGAAGAAAAAAUGUGCCUUCCAGAUUAGAAAGUAGCAGAUUUCCAGCUAGAAAAAGAGAAAAGCCACUGUCUUCAGAACAGAUUUAUGGUCCAGAAAAUUCAAAAGACUAUUUAUCUGAAAACGAACCAUGGGUGGAUAAAUACAAACCAGAAACUCAGCAUGAACUUGCUGUGCAUAAAAAGAAAAUUGAAGAAGUUGAAACCUGGUUAAAAGCUAAAGUCUUAGAAAGGCAACCAAAACAGGGUGGAUCUGUUUUAUUAAUAACAGGUCCUCCUGGAUGUGGGAAAACAACAACUCUAAAAAUACUAUCAAAGGAGCAUGGUAUUCAAGUACAAGAGUGGAUCAAUCCAAUUUUACCAGACUUCCAAAAAGAUGAUUUCAAGGAGAUCUUUAAUUCUGAAUCAAGCUUCCAAGUAUUUCCCUAUCAAUCUCAGAUAACAGUUUUUAAAGAGUUUCUGCUAAGAGCAACAAAAUAUAACAAACUACAGAUGCUUGGAGAUGAUCUGAGAACUGAUAAGAGGAUAAUUCUGGUUGAAGAUUUACCUAACCAGUUUUAUCGAGAUUCUCACACUUUACAUGAAAUUCUCAGGAAAUAUGUGCAUACUGGUCGGUGUCCUCUAAUAUUUAUAAUCUCUGACAGUCUUGGUGGAGAUAAUAAUCAAAGGUUACUGUUUCCCAAAGAAAUUCAGGAAGAGUGUGCUAUAUCAAACAUUAGUUUUAACCCUGUGGCACCAACAAUUAUGAUGAAAUUUCUUAAUCGAAUAGUGACCAUGGAAGCUAAUAAGAAUGGAAGAAAUAUUACUGUCCCUGAUAAAACUUCCCUAGAGUUGCUCUGUCAAGGAUGUUCUGGUGAUAUCAGAAGUGCAAUAAACAGCCUCCAGUUUUCUUCUUCAAAAGGAGAAAACAGUUUUUGGCCAAGGAAAAAAGGAACAUCUUCAUUAAAAUCAGAUGCUGCGCUGUCAAAAUCAAAACGAAGAAAAAAAACAGAUAGGGUUUUUGAAAACCAGGAGGUCCAAGCUAUUGGUGGCAAAGAUGUUUCACUCUUUCUCUUCAGAGCUUUGGGGAAAAUACUAUAUUGUAAAAGAGCAUCUUUAACAGAAUUAGAUUCCCCUAGGUUGCCUUCACAUUUAUCAGAGUAUGAACGGGAUACCUUACUUGUUCAACCUGAGGAAGUAGUAGAAAUGUCACAUAUGCCAGGAGAGUUAUUUAAUUUAUAUCUUCACCAAAACUACUUAGAUUUCUUCGUGGAAGUAGAUGAUGUUAUGAGAGCCAGUGAAUUUCUGAGUUUUGCAGAUAUCCUCAGCGGUGACUGGAAUAUGCGCUCCUUACUCAGGCAAUAUACUACAUCCAUAGCUACGAGGGGUGUGAUGCAUUCCAAUACAGCACGAGGAUUUGCUCAUUGCCAAGGAGGAGGAUCAGGUUUUCGACCCUUGCACAAGCCCCAGUGGUUUUUCAUAAAUAAAAAGUAUCGGGAAAACUGCCUGGCAGCAAAAGCUCUUUUUUCUGACUUCUGCUUACCAGCUUUAUGCCUCCAAACUCAGCUGUUGCCAUACCUUGCUUUGCUAACCAUUCCAAUGAGAAAUCCAGCUCAAAUUUCUUUUAUCCAAGAUAUUGGAAAGCUUCCUCUGAAGCGACACUUUGGAAGGUUGAAAAUGGAAGCCCUGACGGACAGGGAGCAUGGAAUGAUAGACCCUGACAGUGGAGAUGAAGCCCCGCUUCCUGGAAGGCAGCCUGCAGAGGAAGCUCUGGGUGAACCCACUCAAACCACUGAAACUGAAACAUGCUGUCUUCCUUUGAGUCAGAAUAGUGGGAGUGAACUGCCUGCCAGCCAGCCUCAGUCCUUUUCAGCGCAGGGAGACCUGGAAGAUGAAGAGAUGAUCAUAGAAGACUAUGAAAGCGAUGGGACAUAGAAACCAGCCUGCCAAUCAUAUUGCUACUUGGCAGAUUCAUUUUCCUUUUAUUCAGUGGUACCUGAACAGAGAUAAUAUGCUUUUCAAGUGAAUGACAGUUCAAUUCUUCACCCUCGUAGUAUUUCAGCACAAGAAACUGACUUCUCUGUCAUUUUGAAGUAAACAGAAGAUCAAGCUUCAAAUAAUACCUUAAUUUUGUUUUCUCUAGUAUUUAUUGAGUCUUGUGAGUGGUGCUGGGAGUAGGUCAGUGUGUAUGAAGUGUGUUUGAACAUUAUGCCAAAUAUCAAACAAUGUGAAGGAAUGAUUCUGAAUAUUAAAACUUGAUGGGGCUGUAAAUACAAAUUAUAAAAGUUUAGUAUGCAAUGAUGAGUGUAAAUAAACUUUGUGCCUUAUCCACAGUUUCUCUAUGGUCUCUAACUUCUCAAAUACCAUUUUUAUAUGCUGUACACUGGACUAUUUUAGAUACUUUAUGGAAAGUAAUUUAUAUCAAAAUUAAAAUGUUGAAUUUC